UUGUAACAAAUAUUUUAUUUUGUAAAAUUUUCUGGCAACACUUUCGUAAUUCAUUCGAAAGUAAAUACUGUUUGCUCUAUGAAUAGAGAAGUGAGAUGAAAAUAUUAACAAAGGAAACCACAAACAGUGAAUAUAGCAGAAAAUAUUCGAUUUCGUAAUUUUUCUUUGUUUGUGCUUGAAUAAAACGCAAACAAAUACGCAUUUUUCUGUUAGAUAUUCAAAUAUUUAAAUACUCUCAAUAGACAAAUAUAAUAAGAACAGUACUAAACAUUGAGUGAUAUUUAAAACAAUUUUCAAAUUUUAGAAGAGCGUAAGAUCGUCUCUGACCAAUUAAAAUACAAGGAAAAUAAGCAAUAAGUUUAAUACACAUUGCGUUUGGAAUUAAACUGUUUUGCUGUUUGGUGCGAUCUUAAGCACUACGUCGGCAGAAUAUUUUAAAGGGAACAUGUCUGCAGACUCACCACGACGCCAGUCGCGAGGUAUAACUGCACCUGCGAUUGUACCCCCCCAAGUUGUGAGUGAUCGGUCUAUAUUGGACUCGGCAUUUGGAUUUAUAAGCGACGUGACAUUGGUUACUCAUCAGUCUCAUACAGAACCGAAAGAUACUAUAAUUUGGGCACGAUUUGAGACAGCUGCUGAUAUAAGCGAUCCAUGCUUCGGAGUAGACUGGGAAAUAGAGGGCAAUGUGGCGCCACCCUUGCUUUUACUUCUCGGCUAUGGACUUGGUGUUCAAGUAUGGGCUAUACCCGCCAAUGGCGAAGCAGUCGAAGUGCUCUCAUGGCGUCACGGUGUUGUCUCAACCCUGCGCAUUCUACCGACACCUACCCAGACAAGAUCAGCGAAUGAGCAUGGGCGUGCUGAUGAGAAAAUAGAUAUAUAUGCAGAUAAACGUCCCAUUAUUGCGUUGGUGGAUAGUAGUACAGCUUGUACUCAGAUGCAAUUUUGCACCAUGAAUUUUGUCUCGCUGAAAACUGGAAAACAAAUAAAGACGAUUAAAUUCAAGAAUCCAGUCCUGGAUAUAUUUGCAAACCGUUCAUCUGUAGUUGUUGUAUUCCACGAACGUAUAGCAGUUUUUGAUGCAAGUACUCUGGAGGAUCGACUGUCAAUAACUACAUGUUAUCCGAGUCCAGGCAUCAAUCCAAACCCAGUAGCUCUUGGACAACGUUGGCUUGCAUAUGCUGAGCAAAGGUUGAUUCCUUCCAAGCGCAGCGGUGGUGGUUGGGAUGGCGAGGGUAUAGCCAGUUAUACGGCCACUGUGUUGAACGCAGCAAAAUCUUUUGGUAAAGGGUUGAGAGAAUUGGGUGAACAAGUGGCUGCAGGUCUAACUGGAACAUCUAGCAGUGGCAGUAUAUCAAAAAACAAUAGUUUCGAUUCCAAUAGCGGUAUUGAGGCGAAACAAGCAGGCAUUGUUACGAUAAUGGAUAUAGAGCAGAAACAUGUAAAAGAGUAUAGUCCUACGACAGUAACACCCGCCAGUGGCGUUAUUGGUGACGAAUCAAUCAUAGCACACUUUAUCGCCCAUUCAGAAGCUAUUGUUGCUAUGGAAUUUGAUAAUUCCGGCAUGUUGUUAUUGACUGCCGAUCGGCGUGGUCAUGAUUUUCACGUUUUUCGUGUUCAACCUCACCCCGUAAGCCCCAGUUUAUCAGCGGUACAUCAUUUAUAUGUGUUACACAGGGGCGAUACAAGUGCAAAAGUGCAAAAUAUUACAUUUUCAUUGGAUUCACGCUGGGUGGCGAUUUCAACUUUGAGAGGAACUACUCAUGUUUUUCCUAUAACACCGUACGGUGGACCAAUGGGAGUUCGAACACAUACGUCGUUGCAUGUUGUUAACAAGUUAUCAAGGUUCCAUCGUUCGGCCGGCUUAUCAGCAGAAGGGCGUUCAAAUUCUCCAAUCUCGCACUCGGAUAGCACUUCUUUUAUGCAGUCUCUGCAACCUUAUCAUAAUACGACUUUACCACCAUUUCCACGUCCCACAGUUGUUUUACCUUUAGCACAACUUCGUCAGCCGUUUGCACUUGGUUCUCCGCCAGGGUCUGCCGGUCUUGUUAUGCCCAGUAAGAUUGGUGUAAAUACAAAUACACCGAAUGCUACACAACGUCAAAGACACUCUUCCUUAUCAGAUGACAAUGGGAAGCCCUUGAGUGUGUGUGCUAUAUUUGCAAAAUCACGUUCUUGGUUACUUGAACCGCCGAAUAUAACUCGGGAAGCAUCUCAUCGUGUGCAACGAAAAUCAGUGGAUUCUCUUUUUGUAAUGGCUGGGCACGGUGCUCUUAUUCAAUACGAUUUGGAUACAAAACUCGCUUCAAAUAUUGCCAAAGAUAAAAUUUGUGAUGAUACGCCAAUUGAGCUAGAAGUCGAAGCUAAAGCCCAAUGGAAUCUUGGUAGGCGAAGGGAUGGAUCUCAUGAGUUGGCUCCACCUUUAGAAAAGGAUAAUUGGCUGCUAAGAGAUAGAAAUUCUUGCUUACUAGAUAGUUUGCGUCAAUACGAUGAUUUGGAAGAAAAAUCUGAAAGUUGGGUAUCACAGGUUGAAAUAAUAACACAUGCCGGACCGCAUCGCCGUCUAUGGAUGGGGCCCCAAUGUGUAUUCAAAACAUAUAAUACUCCCAGCGGAUCCAAUUUAAAUCACGUUGAUGUUGAAGCCGUUGAAAUUGGAGUAUCCAAGCCCGCAUCUGCAGCCUCUACUCCGAGGUCACAUCCGUUAAGUAUGCCAGUAACUGCGGCUGCACGUUGCGCCCUGCCGGUGCUAAUCGAAUCGGGCUCUUACAGUAGUAUAGAGCAAAGCCCCAAAUUAAUGGAUCGAUUUCGUCACGAGCACUUGGAUUCUGAUUUCGCAAUGGCACAUGGUGAUUCUCGACUAAAGGAGGACUUGGCUGAUGCUAUGCGUGAAUCUCCCUCUGUCUCAGAGGCUCAAAAAAUUACUUGUCGAUUAGCUUCUGAGGUUGCCUCGUUUGAUAAUGUUUCCUUCUACGAUGCCCGCACAGAUCCAGAUAUUGGUGAUGAUGAUACCGAUUUCAGCCUGAAGUCCAUGCUCUCUAAUCCCUCCUCUCUCGGUUCGGCAUCAGAAACAGUGACGACAAUGAGUGAUUGGAAUUUAGUUUCUGAUGUCGAGGCCGAAAAAUGUAAAAAACCUCAGCUUUUUUCAAAUGCGUUAAGAAAACAUUCUGAAUUUCCAAAAUCUUCCACUCCUUCAGUAGAAAAAGUGGUAAACCCUCUGGGAACUGUAACAACUAUUAUUUCAGGCAAUUCAACCGAGAUGAAAAGAGAUAUUCUGGAUGAAGUGGCUUCACAAUUAGCUGCUGAAGAAAUUGUUAUACAUGAAAAUUGUGAUGAGUCUCUGUUUCGUCCGGUUGUGACAAUAUUUUGCGAUGAUAAGAAACUUAAAAGAGCUGGAAAGCAAGAAGCGCUUUAUAACGAAGAAUUUUGCAAGCCUCCUGAGCCUAUAAAGGAUAAACUUAUUGUACCGGUUAUAGCAAAAGAAAUAGAUGCGGCACUAAGCAAAAAAGAGAAGGACCAGAAUAGUGGUAAAGUAAAAACGAAAAACUUCUCGAAAUUAAGCAAGCCAACAGCGCAAAGUAAGAAGCCAACUCAAGAAACUUUAAACCACAAUGCAAACAAAAUGCAAGAUAAAAUCAAAUGCGACCCAGAUCAAACGCUAAAAACUUUUCCCGAAAACAACAAAAGUGCUGGUACGGAAAAAACGGACCUAACUGAAAAUAAAAUAGGUAGUGUUAAGACCAAAAAACACGUAAAAAAAAUGCCAACAUCCGAUGAAGAGCCAAUUGAAUUUAAACGAAUGACACCUUUGCCUAUAACAAAAACUCGAAAUCAGCAAUCACUUGUAGUUGGUGGUGAAUGCAGCAAAUUUGAAUCAUCAGAAGACUUACCCAUAACGGAAUGCAAGGACCCACCUUCACUCGGAUUAAGAAAAGCUUUUAAAAAAGAAAUGUCUUACAAAGAAGAUAACAUUCAAAGUAAAUCAGAAGAUAGAUCUUUAGAUGAAAAAAGUGAUGAAUUUCCAACCCAUGAAAAUGAAGUCCAGAACAUAAGCCUUUCACCAAACGUUAUACAAUCAAAGGAAUCUAUAGAAAAACCCGAACAUAGCUCUUCUGUAAUGAAUAGUGAGAACAUUUGUAAAGAGAUGAAAAGCUUAUGUUUAUUAAGUAACGAAAUAAAAGGUGGAGAAGUUGAUUCGGAAUUGGAAAUUAAGACAGCUUUUAUAAAGAAGCCAUGCGAUAAAGAAGACAACAACGAAGCUUCGACAAAAAAGAUGCAGACAAGCUCAAACAAAAAUAUUAAUAUAAAUGAUAUAACGGAAUCACCAAAAUCCAAAGCAUCCAAAUCAAUAGACUUGGACAAGGUGAAAAAACAAAAUAACUCACCAACAAUCAAAAGCCCAGAAAUAAAAGUAUCACAAAUUGUGAAUAAUAAAUCAAAUGAAAUAAAAAAAUCAGAUGUUAAACAAUGCUCUGUACUACGGCCGUCAGCGGAGAAAGAAUUUUUACAAGAGCAAGGGGGAAUAAAAAAAAUUACUCAAUCAGAAUGCUGCCAAGAAGGGAAAGGAGUUAUUGAAAGUAAAAUUACUAAAGUUGAAGAUAGCAAGGUUAAGAUUUCAAAAACGAAAUCUUCAUCUGAUUAUGUUUUUGAGGCGACUUUGAAAGAAACAACUCCAAUAAUCUCAAAGGAAUCUGCCAAAAAUUUUGAGGCAAUCGGUGCUGAAAGAACCGAACAAAAAACUUAUUCUACCUAUCUGAAGGAUGUAAUGGAAAUAAAAGAAUGUAUGCAAUCAAACUCAGAAAAUUGUGAAAAUUUGCGAGUUUCAAGCCCAAAAAAUUCAGUAUGGAGGACAGCGAAUAUUGAAGACCGUCUAGAAUCAAUUAAAUCGAUCGACAAUUAUCCAAGCUUGGGAACAACAGGUAAAUCCAAGAAAAGUCUUAAAACCAAAGAAGUUGUAACUGAACAGAAGAUAAGCAUAGAUGCAGACUCGUAUACCGAACAAAAACCUUGCGUAAAUUACUCAAGUUUAGGAGCAAUCAGUAAAACUAAAAAAUCUGCCAUUAAUGAAAAUUCGUAUUCCAAACUGAAACUGAAACUGAUUGAAAACAUCCAAUGUACGGAAAUGAGUGGUAAAACCAAUGAUAAAAAAGGUAUUGCAGAGCAAAGCAAAGGUAAACAGAAAGCUCUUGAAAAACUCGAUACUGGAUUAAAAUCCGAUGAAAACAAAUAUAUAGAGGGAAAGUGGGCAUCAUCUUUCGAUGGACUUUCUUCAUUGCAACCGCUGGAAACAUUGCCUCCGCUACCUACCUUGGACCACUUAGAUAUGCAUUCAUACAGUGCAUUCUUAAAAGAAAAAGAAAAUAAAUCAUCAAAAAAGACCAAAGAUAAUACCAAUGAACAAUUCAGUUUGAUUAACUUUGAUAGUCCGUUACAAGAAGAUCCGAGACAAGACCACAGAGUUAUUUCACCAUCAGGAAGACUUAGUGAACAAAAUAUAAUUUUUGCUUUAUGUGGGUCGCUGCACUAUGAAAAUGAGGACUAUGAAGAUAAAUCUAUGGAUUAUGAAACAACAUCCAAAUCUGAGUUAAGAGAACAACCAAUGCCGGAAUAUAAAUUACUCAACGAGAAUGAAGAGCAAUAUUUGAGUUUAGAGCAUAGUUCUCAAGAAACCAACACAACCAAUACAGUUACAACCAAUGAAAAGUCAUCUAGCUCGGCAAAUUCUUCAACAUCCGAGGAAAUAGUUAUUAUUGAAGAGAAAAAAUUAAGCAAGAAACAGAGACGAAAAAGGCAAACAUUAGAAGGAAAACAUCAGAUCGAGGAAGCUGUUGGUUGCAACGAUGACGAAGAGUUAUGUCCACUAAUUGGUGUAACAAAACCAAGUUCGGAAAUCGAAGGAUCCUCUUCGUUGCCUACUUUUAAUAACAUAAAUGUUCACAUGCUAAACGACAAUAUCGUUUUAAGACCCGAUUUAGUUGCUCGCUCAUCUCCAACUACAACUACAGAUAGUGAAGGACCCAUCCCAGCUACUACUUCGGAUGAAAAUAUUUUCAUUUUACCAACAAAUGUGGCUAACAAUAAUGCUCCCACAAAACUGAAAACAAAAAGACUAGAACAUAAAAUUAAUCUUAUGGCCGCAAUAGAUGCUGCAACAUCGUCUUCUACAUCUUCCGCCGAAGAAGGCAAUGUGGAAGCAGAUAGCCGCAAAGCCGGGUCCGAUCAAGAACUGCCAUCUCUUGGUGCAAGCAUAUCGCCAGUCCAAAUAAUUUCAACCAAUGUAAAUUUGGUUACACCGUCAUGUACAACAAAGAAGAAAACCAAGCGACGCAAGAGAUAAGAAUUAGUUCUCGCUCUACUUUGUAUUUUAUGUGUAGUCAUUACAUAUUAUCUCUAUAACGCAUACUACGCUGCUAAUGGGGGUAGUGAAAGAAUUUUCGUCAAAAGUUAAUAUAGUAAUUAUUAUGCAUGCAUGUAUGCAUAUACGUAUGUAAAACAACCAAUUGUAAAUAUAACUAAGAAUAAAAUUAUUAAAAAUAUGUUUGUAUUGUAUUAAUAGCGAGGUUAACUGCUGUCACUUGGUAAAUAUAUGAAUAUCAUAAUGCAUGUGCUACAAUAUGUUCUGAGUUGUAACAAUAUAACGAUUGGGAUCGUACAAAACAUAUGUAAACAUAAUAUAACAAAAAGAAAAGUAUUUAUUUUGGUUGAUAAGAAUCGGAGAUUAUUGCAAAUAUUGUAAAAUCUCUACUCACCUCUCUGAGGAUGGUUCGAACUUGUGGGUUUCGUGAACACUUUUCGUUUACUUAGAUAUCGGUUAUGUUUGGUUUGAGAAUCAAAUCCAUUUAUAACCUGUUCGUUAUGUUUAAACCAGUCGCCCACAUCUUUCUUUAAUAAUAAUACAUAUACAAGGUCUCAUUUAAUAACCAUAUAUACACUUCACAAAACACAUAUAUAUAUAUACAUAUAUAAAUUUAAAUAUAUUUACAUACAUAUAUACAUAUGUCCUCAUUGCAUUUUUUGAAUUUGUUAAAUAAGUCGAUGCUUUCCUUGUUUAAAAUUUGAUGUCGGCUUAACUUUUCGUGACAAGAAUUUAUA